GCAGGCACCGAGCCACGCCCCACCGCCGCCUCCGCACAGGACGCAGGCACCGUCCAGAGCGCCGCCAGCGAUACCGACGGCGAUGGGCGGUCUGAGCGCACCACCGCCGCCUCCUCGCAACUCUUCGAUACGAGAUGUGGGCGGUAACAUGAGCAGACGACCGUCGAACGCGAUCAGCGUCUCCUCCUCCUCCUGCUCCAUCACCACCAACAACACCUCUUCAUUGGUGAGCGAGCUGGAGAAGCGAUUCGCCUUCCAUUCGCCGAGCGAAUUCCCGAAGCCGAUGCCCUUCCGCAACGUGCACAAGGUCUAUAACGGUCGACAAGUUGGCAAUAAACAGAAGGCGCCACCGCCUCCUCCCGAUCAGAUACAGCUGACGAAUCGUCUGUGGGAGACGUCGACGUGCUAACGCAGAAAGAAACGAAGAGAGAAAACACUUAAACGUGUCUAUCGAGAAUCGCAUAAGAAAGUUGCUCAAAAUUUCCGAUCGUCAUCAUCGUCGUCGUCAACUGUUUUGCGUUUGCCACCUCGUGAAAUGUUUCCGAGCAGAGCAAAAUAAGCCCCUCCCCCAUCGUCGCCGCCCACUCUCACACAAACAUGCACGCCCACCGACAGCCCAACCAAUACGAACGUUAGAGUUUGCGUUUGGUGUUGGUAAUAGGUGUCAAACUUUUUGUUCAGGGGAGGUGCGAUUAAAUAAUAAUAAUAAUAAUAAAUGGGGGAAAGGAGAAACAUCCACGUACUGUAUUAUUAGUCCUUUUGGCUGUGGUUUUAAUAAAUAAUUG